ACCAUAUACAUAUGAUAGAGUUGAUUUGUUUGUAAUGAAGUCCCUUCACAUAGUCCUUUUCUUAUUGUUGUUAUUGUUCCCUUUCACCUACAAAACUAUUGCUCAACUUCAACAAGAUAAUCUAGUUCGAGAUCACAAUGGGAAGCCCCUCGAGGUCACGGGAAAGUACUUUAUUGUUGCCACAAAAGUUGUAAUGGGCCUUAGUAGGAAGCUUACGCUAUCCAUCUAUCUUGAGGGAAACUGCAGAAAUGCCGUGACUCUAGCACAAGCUUUCCAACCCGGCAUUCCAUGUAGCUUCCAUCAUGCAAAAGCCACGGGAGAUUCUUACAUCCAUAUCUUGAAAUCCCUCAAUGUGAAAUUUGAAACAGAUACCCCAUCGUGCGCUAAUUCCACAGUGUGGCGUAUCAGUGAUCCCGAUGACAAGACACAUGAACGUGUAGUGCGCAUUGGAGGUGUUUUAGGUAGCCCCGGGUGUAGCACUUCCCGGAAUUGGUUCAAGAUCAUGACGGGUGAUUCACCAAACACCUAUAAAAUUGUUUCGCACCCAAAGGAUGUUUGUGCCAGUCCGGGCGCCGCCAUUUUUCAUAAUUUGAGACUCAACUUUCAUCCCUUUAAAAGACCUUUGGUUCGCUCAGAUGACUUGAACGGAUUUGAAGUGUACUUUGUUGAAGCUUAAAAGCGUCGAUCAUAUGUAUCUAUGCGCGCUUGCGCAAACAAUGGCUAAGAAGGGAAGACUGUAUUUGUUUGCGGAUUUGAAUUUUGAGUUUGAAUUUGAAUAAUUGUGUUGUUG